AUUGAAUAUUAAAAAAUUUGUAUAUUCAAUACAAUAGAAUUCAAAUUUUUUAUUGAAAGAAAUAUUAUUAUUGCAAAAAUGCAAAAUAUUAGCAUGAAUGGCGGCAAAGAUGGACAUGACAAAUGUUCUUUCAAAACGUUUUCAUCAGAAGAUACUGAGGAUGGAAAUAAAAAUGGAUUAUAUAGAGACCUUCAUCAUUAUUCACCCGAGCUAGCGAGCAAACCUGCUUCGCUUGUUCAUCCUAAGCCCGUAAUUUUUACACAAUUCAACUACGGAGAAACAUCAAGGCCUCCACCUAAUUUUACUCACCAAGUUCACAUAAGUUCAAAAGAUAUCAGGCACUCUUACGAUACAAAUUUGUCACUGAACGCAUUAUCUCGCUCAACUAUGGCCCAGUUCAACGAAGUCACUUCCUGGCAACCAAACUCGGCUUUCGAACAGUUAAUGAAACAAAACAUCAACAAAUAUGCUACCACGUCUAACUGCACUUCACUUCAUUCUUCGGCGUGUAUGAAAAUUGGAUUGCCCAAUAAUAAAGGAAAGGUAAAUUCUACAACAGCAAAAAUUUCUUGCGAUUGUCCAAAUUGCAAGGUUGUCAAAAAUGAAGGAAUGAGUGAGGGAAAGGAUGCAUGCACUCACAACUGCCACAUUCCAGGCUGCGGCAAGGUUUACAGCAAGAUAUCUCAUCUGAAAGCCCAUCUGCACUGGCAUUCCGAUGACAGGCUCUUCGUCUGCAACCAGCAAUUGUGCGGCAAAACGUACACGAGAUCAGUUGAACUUCAAAAACAUCUUAAAGACCAUUCCAAUUUACAUAAUGACAAAAAAAGCAUAAAACUCAAAAGCACUGAAUAACAUGAACAUCUAAAUUAUUGAUACUAACUUUCUUUGAGAAUAUAAAUUUGUUUGAUCCUUUUUUAAAUGCAACAAAUCUGUAACAUCUUUAAUUUGUGAUUUUAUUAUAAAUGAGUUUCUAAAACAUUUUAUCGUUAUUUGC